UUCGAUGUUUCCAAGAUGAUGCAAAAUAGUUGUUUAUCAAGUUUCAUUGAUUACUAAUCGAAGUGGGAAGAAAUAAUGUCUGUGGGAGCAGAACGACCAGCUCCGAUGCUCUUUCAAGAUAGUCAGUAUAACUGGACGGAUGAUUUGCCCGUCUGCAAACAAUCCGGAGUAGGUUUUUCUACUAAUCAAAUCUAUCGAGAAAGUGGAUAUCGACAAGAAGAGCAUCCAUUUGAGGAUCGUAGCUUUCAUUGCAGAUAUGAUGACUCCACAUUUCUUUAUGCAGUAUUUGAUGGUCACGAAGGCACUAAGGCAGCCAAUUUUGCUAUGCAAAGAGUGGCUGCAGAAAUUCUGCUCGGACAAUUGAACGGCAAAUCAAGUGAUGAGGAAGUGAAGGAAGUUCUUCGACAGGCUUUCAUAGCAGUUGAAAAAGGGUAUCUGGAAUCAAUUGGUGAUUUAUUAGCAGAACGGGCUAGUCUACAAUUUGAUCUACCCGAUGGACUGAACUCUUAUGAGACUUAUCAAAAAUUUCCAGAUCUAGUUAACAAGCUAAAUGCACUAAAUUGCGAAUUAUCAGCUGGGACCAGUGCUGUAGUUGCCUUGGUUUAUAGAGGAAAAUUGUACGUUGCGAAUGUUGGCGAUAGUAGAGCACUGUUGUGCAAAACAGACAGCAAUCAAGUUUUACGAGUCGUACAAUUAAGCGUAGAUCAUGACUUGAGGAACGAAGAUGAGCUUUUACGAUUAUCUCAACUAGGCUUGGAUGUCGAAUCAAUCAGACAAGGUUCUCAUCUUGGAAAUCAGGAAAAUACGCGCUGUCUUGGCAACUACCUUGUCAAGGGAGGAUACAGAGAAUUUGAGGAGUUAGCAGCUUCCAUAGCGGAACCGAUCAUCGCCGAACCAGAGAUUCAUGGUAGUAUCGAACUGGACGAUUCUUGUAGAUUUCUAUUGCUCAUGUCACGCGGCUUAUACAAGUCAUUGGAGGAAGCGACCGGUACCGAUCAAGUCAAUAAGGAAUUAGCUUUGAUAGCCGUCGAACAGUUUCGAGUACAAUCAACUUUAACCGGCGUCGCUCAAGCGGUCGUCGAUAAGGUUGUGAGAAUUCACCAUGAUGUGAAUAUGAGCAACACGCAAAACACCAUGAUCACCAGUAAACGCGACGACAUUACUCUUCUGGUGCGAAAUUUCAACUUCCCACUGUCGCACGCCCUAAAGAGUCCCACUGGUCAAUCUGUUAGAUUCAAUCCCGUGGUGCAGACCGCGCCGAUCAGUAUACCAGACGAAGAUCUCUCGAGUACCAGCACUGGCAUCACCGACGAAAACUUUGACUCAUCAACGACUGAAACAUCAACGACAUCGGACAUGUAUCCGCCUGGUGCCAGAAUAACGGAACGAAACGCCAGAAUCAAGCCUUACGUAGAUUUCUCGGAGUAUUACGAAAAUGUCGAGAAGAGAAGAAAAGAGGGAACUCUGCCGGAAGAUAUUUUGUUGGAUUAGAUUUCAAACGAUCAAACGCAGCCUUUUCGAGGCAUUCUCUAUGAUCGGGAUGCGCAAUUUGAAUCAAUGCAUUCGCCCUUUGUCGUAAGGUUUUACCGAAAAGAUCGGCCACUCCAUGUUCCGUGACUAUGUAAUGUGUGUGAGCUCUUGUAACCACCACUCCGGCUCC